CAGAGACUUCUUCUACAACAACAGGCCGCUGAAGGACGUGCAGAUGUACAGCUACUCGCGGGACAUCAUUGAGGAGUACAGCCUGGCACCUGGGGAGUACGUGGUGAUCCCGUCCACCAUGAAGCCCUACAUGAGCGGCGACUUCGUCCUCACCAUCUUCAGCAAGACCGACGCCCAAGUCACACCACAAGAGGGCGGUCACGACCACGACCACGACCACGACCAUGAGGAGGAGGAAGAGACUCGGCCGGUGACUCCCACUGUCCAGCCCAAGCCUGAGGAGGAGGUCAGUCCAGCACGAGCCAUCUUCAACCGCUACAGGGAUCAGGACGACCUGCUGAGCGCCCUCCAGCUGAUGAAGCUGCUGAACGACCAGCUGUCGGCCGGCAGCAGAUCCGGCUUCAGUUACGACAACGCCAGGAGCCUCAUCGCCAUGUACGACACCAAACGCAUCCGGAUGAUGGCGUUCAGCGACUUUGAGACCCUCUGGAAGAAAGUGACCGAGUACAAGGACCUCUUCAAGAGCUUGGACAAAAACUACAACGGCUUCCUGUCGGACGAGGAGAUCCUGAUGGCGCUGGGCUCCGUGGGAUGGGAGGUGCAGCAGAGCCUUCUGAGGCUGUUGGUCAGUCGCUACUCGGGCUCCUCCACCACGCUGGAGAGCUUCAUCAUGAUCAUGCUGCGCAUGAACAAAGGCUCCAACGUCUUCACCGAGCGCUCGGAGGACGGCUCCAUCACCAUGACGUGGACCGACUUCUCCGAGCUCAUGGCCAUGUAGCCGAGCCCCGGGACCGGUCCAGUGCAGCCACGCCGAUAGGUCGCCACGGCAACUGAAAACUCUUGAGUGUGUGUGUGUUCUGUCCCCCGUGCUGCGCUGCGCCAGGAGGGAGUUGAACCCCAAACCUCAGGACUGAGGGAGAAAUAAUAAAAACACUUUGG